AUGAACUCUCCGCCGCCCAAUAGCAAAUCAACUGAUGCUCAAUUCAAAUUGGGAUUGUUGAAAGUAUUAAGGAGCAAUUACUUUGCAGAAGUGGAUAGGAUGACAGAGGCACAUAAUUAAGGAUUAUUUAAAUAGGAAUCAAUUAUUGAUGAGAAAGAAUGGUUGAAUUGCGGUAAACCUAUAGUGGAUAAACGACCUGUGCAUGAAGCGAAGAGAGCUAAUGAAAAAGAAGUUUAAGAUGAAGGAGAGGAACAGAGAAAAUAGAGAUUGGAGAAUUUGAAUUUGUAUUUGAUGGAUGGUGUUUUCAAGGCAGGUGAAGAGAUGGGAUUACAAGAGUGGAAUAAAAGAAGAUUGGAAAAAUCUCUGAUUUCAGAAUAAAAAUUUUAUUAUUUCGAUGAUGAUGGAAAUCUGGUUGCAGAUAGGGAAUUUUUUGAGGAAAAAAUUUAAAGAUUAUUUCUAAUUGAUUUCGAUGAAAACCUGGCAUUGUAAACACACCAGAGACCUGCUUCAAGAUGUGCAAGAGAAAACCAAAAUAAACAGUUACCAUUCAGAUUAGACAUCUUUAUUGGAGUAUUACAAUUCUCUUACCAUCCUCAAUUUUCAAGAGAAGAUUAGUAUGUUGCAGAUCUCAAAUAUCUGAUUAAGAAAUAUCGAAAGAGGGCAGAUUUGGCUCUGAUUCCACAUUACUAAAAGACAUUAAACAUUUUAGAAAAAGAGACAACAGAGUUGUAAAGUAGACCAGAUGAUACCAAGAUGGAGAUGGAAAUGAUUUAGUUGGAGAAAGAAAGAUUAAGAGAGGAGUUAAGAAAAGAGAUAGACAAUUUACAGAAAUUGAUGGAAUAGAUAUAUGCAAAGUGGGAUACCAUAAAGGAGGAAAGAAAGACAGUUGGGGCAACUUCGUCUCCUUAUAAGUUAGGAGUCAGAUUUUACAAUUCAACUGAUAAUACAAAGGAAGUGGAUUUUAUAUUAUAAUAAAUAGAAAUACAUAAGGAAAGUAAUAAGGAUUAGAUAAUAAGUAAGGCAGAGGAGGCUAGAAGGUAGACAAUUAGAAGUUUUAGAGUUCAAUUAGAAAUUGUAAUAAACAAUCAAGUGGUUGCAUAAACAAGAAAGGUUAAUUUGGAUUGGCCAUCUUUUGAGGCUAGAAUUAUGGAGAAACUUUAGGUGUAUGUGUUUACAAAGCCAACAAGUGUUAAACUGAGGAUAUGGAAAGUGCAAUUGAUUAAUAAGUUAAUAGAUGAGAUUGAGAUAGAAUUGCCAGGUGAGAAAUCCUUUGCCAUAACUAGUACUGGAUUUGUUUUGAAGGAAGCAUAUUUUGCAUAAGGUAGAAAGACAAUAAGAGACACUCGUUAUUAGGACUUGAUUAGUUAAAACAAUAAAGCUUUGAAUUACAAAUCGACAGAGGAGGAAUUUGAAGGGUUUAUCUCAUUCAGAACAGAAUGGCCGGAUUUUGGUCCCAAAAUGCCACCUGAAAGUCUUGAUAUGCAGUAUCAUUAAUUGGAGACUAAAUAUGAAGAUGAAUUGGGAGAUGCUGAUGAUAUUGAAAAGAUGAUUGUAGAUGAGAAAUACUUUGAUAUUAAUGAUCCUAGAAAUGAGGAACUAUUUGAAAAAUUGACUAAGAAACAAGAUAAGCAGACUGAAGUAGUUUCAGGUGAAUGUGUCGUUCCGUAUUCUAAUAUUAAGAGUAAGAGACAGCAAUUAUUGAAACUCAAAUUUGUUUAACCUCAACUGAGCAAGUACAAGAUUCCUUUGUUGGAGCAAUAAAUAGAAAGAGAUGGAGAAUUAACCUAGUUUUUGGGUGAGGAUGAUGAUUAAAUGGAUUAUGAGAAGGAGUUGAGGAAUUAAAAUAAGGAAGAUCAAUUCCAGAUUUUAGGAGAUUAUAUCAAUGAUGAGGCAACUAAAUAAAGAUUAUUGUCUAUCUAAAAGACUCUAUAAGCUAGAAAGAUAGAAGCCAAAUUGAAGAGAGCCAAGAAUUAGAGUGGUUUAAUCUCAAUUGAAAAUGUAGUGAAUGAAUUUCAUUUUGAAGCUGCUGCAUCUCUAUUGGCAGAAUGCAUCAAAUCUAUAUUUACAAAGAGAAGAAAGUUAGGACCUUAAAAAAGAACUAAUUUGGAUAAGAAAAACCCUACUUAAUUGUCUGAAGUUUAAAUAAGUGCAUUAGUUAUUCAGGGAAAUAAUGUCCCUAUCAGAUCAUCUGAUGUAAGUAAACUAUUGGAAGUAAAAUAAAAAUUAAAUCAAUAUAAUUCAGUCAAAGAAACAAUAGAAUUAUUGGGGAAAAUCAAAAAGGUUAGUCCCAUCAUUUAAGUUUCAUUAGACAUCCAAUCAGAGAAUGUGAAGAUCAUUAGGAACAUUGAUGUCCUCAAGAAGAAAUAGAAGCCUCAAUUGCCAGGUUAAUUGUAAGCAUUUGGUUAGUAGGAGGAUGAGGAAUAUGAAGCUGACAUUGAAAGGUUAAUCAUUGGAUAAAAAGAUGAUUAAUUGACAUCUGAAGUUGAAGGAGUCAACCCAGAAUGGAAUGAACUUAUUGAUUUUCGAAUUGGAAGAGAAUUUAAAUAGUAGUAAUUUGAUCCUGAAGAUUUGAUUAAUUCAAGAAAUAAGGUCACUUUCACCCUAUUUGAUCAAAUUGGUUGGUUCAAAUAGAAAGGUAUGAAUACCUAGGAACAUACACUCACAAUCACAAGAAGAUAUAUAGGUUCAGUGACCAUACCAUUAUUAAAUCUAUUUUAAUAAGAAAAAAUGAGUGGAAGAUUUAGGAUCAAUAGACCAUUGUUCUUGUUAAAUUAUCGAACUUUGAAUGUUGAGAACUUCUUGAUGGACCAAAGGAAUCAGACAUCAUAAUAAAAUGAAUUAUAGAAUUUGCAUAAUAAUUUCGAUAUUAUAGAUCCUCAUAUCCCAACCACAAUAGAAUUAACAAUGACAUUGGAGCCUUCAAUAAAAGUCAAUGAGGAUUUAAGUGCCACUACCUAUUUUCCAGGAGCUGAGAGUACAAACCUGUUCUUAUACGGAAUUAGACAAUUGAAUAGAUACAGAGAAUAGUUUAAAGAUCGUUACAUUAAAUUCUGGGCUGAGAAUCUAAAAGGUGAAUCAGUAUUCUUGCCAAGAUUCAUAACUCCUUUGAAACCACCCGAGAUAGAUUUCACUGCAAAUUCAAUAGAAAAGGCAGCGAGAUAUGUUUCAUUGAUUCCGUUUAGAAAUGACACUGAAGUCUUUAGAGAUUUACCUGACAUCUAUUGUAACAGCCAAGAAUUCAUAGAUUUAAGAGCAGGAGAUUUUGAAGAACAUGCCCUGUUAUUGUGCAAUUUCUUUAUGUAUAUUGACGAAAAGAUACUAAAAAGAGAUGAUAUCAAAAAUUAUGUGGUAAUGGGAAGGGGAUUGCCCGAAGGCAAAACUUAGUAUGUUAUGAGAAGAUUCACUAAGUCAAAUUUUGUGGAAUUGUGGAAUCCAUAGACUGGUGAAGUGUUUGUCUUUCAGAAUUAAGAAUACGUUAAAACAUUAUUCUGCUUUACAGUUUCAAAAGGAUAUAAAAAUUUAAAUGAUGUGGAUGAUGAUGCAUGUCCAUUAACAAAUAUUGGAUGCAUUUUUGAUAAUUAGAACAUUUAUAUUAACAUUCAAAACACAGAGGCUCCAAGUGAAAUGAAUUUUAAUAUAGAAGACACUCACUUUUGGGAACCCCUCUUGAAUAAAGAUCAAAUAAAAGCAUUCUUCCCAAAAGGUAUAUUACCAAUAUCAAACGAACUUGUAUUUGAUGUUCCAAGUGUGGAAAGAUCAAUUCUUGUCCAAGAUGAAUUGGAUAAGUUCUUGAAGAAUAAAAUCAAAGACUAUAGAUUUGAGGAUCUAGGAUAGAAGAAGGCUCACUUUACAACGACUUUCAACAAUCAAAGAUAUGCAUAAUUGACUGAAUUUAUAAGAGAUAGAGUGUUGUUUGAUCUGGAAUCAUUCAAGUUUAGAAUUAGAACUACUGGAUUAGCAAGUGAAUAUGGGGCCAAAAAGAAUAAUGACUAACAAUAAUAAGAUCAAUAGAAUCAUGAAGAGCAAGAACCAAUAAAUCAUGAGAGCAAUCAAUAGUGGACAUAUUAGAAAUCUUUGGAUUACUUAAAGAAAUUGUAGGAGAUGUUGAUUCGACAAUAAGAAAAACAUGUGAGAGGAAGUAAAGAGAUGUAUGGAUUUCCUCUGAACUUCUCCUUUGUUGAUUACGAAAGAGCAUGGGAUGAGAUCAAAGCCACAGGAAUUGCAGAUAUUAUGAGUGAUGAUAUUGAAUUUCUUUGCAUUACUAGAUGCUUCCCUUAUCCUCACUAUGUCUUGUCAACAUGGGUAUUUAUAGCAGUCCUCUAUAAAUCGAAACCAGCUGAUAUGUGAUGACAACAUUUUUAUUAAUUUUAUUCAUUACCAUCUUAAUCAUUAAUUA